AUGUAAUAAUCUCUGAAAAUUGACACACAUUGGAAUUGGAAUCUCUAGUCUUCUCUCCCGGUAACUCAUUACAAAUAAGCGGCGUCGUUUUAUCCUACACACCAGCGCACGAUCCGAACGGAAUAAAACUUUCCAACUAUGAUUCCUCCGCAAUAAUUUUCCAUCAAUCUUCUUGAGAAAAUCUUCUCUAGUCUCUUCAAAGUCUUCUAUAAACAUUGCUCACAAUCAUGGACCGGAGAAGAACCGAGAGUCCAGUUUACACACGGCAGUGGAGCGGCAAUUCCAGCAGCACCGGUUCAUCAUCUCCGGUUAUGUCGCCGGCUCAUCCUCAGUCACGGCUUGGUCCUACUUCUACCGGUCUCUCCACCAUCAAACGGACUCAAAACGUGGCUGCUAAAGCCGCUGCACAACGCCUGGCUCGCGCCAUGGCGUCUCGAACAGUUGACGAUGACGAAGAUGAUGACGAUGAUCUCGACUUCCGUUUCAGUGCUCCGACUUCAACCGCUUUUUCUUCCAUUUCCAGAACUAAGAGCUCUGGUGCUGAUGCUCCCACCGUUCCUCCAAUUUCGCUUGCGAGACCGAAUAGAUCUCCUUCUCCUGCGUUAGGUCGGAACUUUGUAGAGCAUACUCAAUCAGUGCGUUCAACAUCAGCUGGAAGACCGGCAGUUUCUUCCGUUCGGUCAUCAACGGUGGUGGCACCUCCUAAAUCCACUAUCCGAACACCUAUGCAUGUACCUCCAAUUGAUCCUCCUACCAAAUAUAAAGAGAAGAGGUUUCCGCCAGACAUCACUGGCAGGCAACUUAACUCCAAAGACACAGGAGAUCAGCGCGAAGCUUCUGCACUCCGUGAUGAACUUGAUAUGCUACAAGAAGAGAAUGACUCUUUAUUAGAAAAGCUAAGACUAGCAGAGGAAAAACGCCAAGAAGUGGAGAUCAGAUCCAGGGAACUCGAGAAACAGGUUGCUUCCCUUGGAGAAGGUGUAUCGCUUGAAGCCAAACUGCUGAGCAGGAAAGAAGCUGCUUUGCGUCAAAGAGAGGCUGCUCUCAUGGCUGCAAAACAAACACAGAGUGAAAGGGAUGAGGAUCUCACAGCCCUACGCGUCGAAAUUGAGAACCUAAAAGAUGACGCUGCAGCAGCAGAGGAACAACGGCAAGAAGCCGAAGCCGAAGCAAAGGCUCUUCGAACAAUGACACAGAGAAUGGUUUUGACCCAAGAAGAAAUGGAGGAAGUGGUCCUGAAGAGAUGUUGGCUUGCCCGCUACUGGGGUCUUUCUGUAAAACAUGGCAUAUGUGCAGAUAUAGCACAGUCCAAGUAUGAACAUUGGUCUUCUUUAGCUCCUCUUCCAUUUGAACUUGUCAUCUCUGCUGGACAAAAGGCUAAGGAGGAAUCUUGGAACAAAAGUGCUGAUGGUUCAGAUAGAAGCCAAAGUGUUCGUGAUUUGAAUGAUCUUGCGGGGGAAGGAAACAUAGAGAGUAUGCUUUCAGUUGAGAUGGGUUUGAGGGAACUUGCUUCUUUGAAGGUUGAGGAUGCUGUUGUGCUUGCAUUAGCCCAACACAGACGCCCAAAUUUGGUUCGGCAGUCUUUUUUAGAUUCCAAAUCACCUGGUGAUGCCAAAUAUUUGGAAGCAUUUGAAUUAAGUGAAGAGGAAGCCGAAGACGUUCUUUUCAAAGAGGCGUGGUUAACUUAUUUCUGGAGGAGAGCUUUAUUUCAUGGUGUAGAAGAAGAUAUUGCAGAAGACAGGCUUCAGUUUUGGAUUGCCCGGAGCGGACAGUCACCAACAUCACAUGAUGCCGUUGAUGUUGAACGAGAUUUGUUGGAGUUGAGGAAGCUGGGUAUAGAACUGCAACUUUGGGAAGCUUCUCGCAAGGGAAUUGAUCAGCCUUCAGAGUCAGCACUUGCCAAUCAUAAGCCUUCUUCCGACUCAGAUGCCUCAUCAUGAUUGUCCGAGCCCUUUAUUUGUCGAUUGAUUCUUUGCUCUGCUUGUACAUUUUUGUUUAGUUUUUUAUACAAGUUUCCCCCCUCCCUUUUUCUGUACACCGUGUUUUUCAACAUUAUAUUUUGAUCUAAUACAUAGAAAGUAAGAAUCUUUAAGUUGGAAGGAAAGGAAGACCGUGUUCGUGAUAAUAAAUUACAUGAAACUGAGAUUCUUUUCCUCAUUCUUUUAAUUGAAUUUUGUAACUUGUGGAGUUUGUUUGUUAA